UUUUAAAUAUAUUGAAGUUACCUUGAGGGUCACAGAAAAUCUAAUUAAAUUUAUAUUUCUAUAUUAUUUAUUGUACGAAAAAUGAAUAUCCUCGCUCGAAUGCGGAUUAUUCCGCGGUAUGUGAUGAGUACCAAGCCCAUGGCUCGUGCGAUAUCCACGACCCCCUACUUGCGAGAAUCAGCGUCCCUUACAAAAUUGAGAAAGUUACAAGCAGACUUUCAAUGUGAUGACGGCAAACCAAUCUGGCUGAAACGAGGCUUUACCGACAGACUCCUGUACACCUCCACCAUUGUGGGCUGUGGCCUUGGCAUCUUUCUGGUCAUACUGACCUUAUACGAUCAUGCUAAGCCUGAAAGCUGGAAGGUCAAGUGAACAAUUUUAUUAUCUUACCAAAAUUCAAUAG